GGGAAGUAGGAGAGCUCACGCUGGAGACGGCAAGCACUUGGUUUCUUAAAACGGACCGCGUAUAAAUCCUGAGUUAAUGAAAUGGAAAAACCAACACGGGCACCUUAAAUUUUUGUUGGAAAGCUCAAAGAGCUUCAUCCUUGUCCUCGAACCGAAAGUGCCACUGCCCUCAUGGAAGACAAGAGGAAGAAAAGGAGUCCCAAAGUGUCCCUUCCCCAGCCCCCUCCUCCACCAAUCAACCCUCGAAAGCUCACCGUUCUCCCAGCGAGUAAAAGCGCCACAUUCUCAUUGGGUUUACCCCAGCCCCCCUCCCCAAAACCCAGGGGCAAGUACAAGAGAUCGGUGGGGGCAAUGGGUCCGUCUAAAGAAGCUCUCGCUGUUCCUGUGGUUCCCCCCAAAAACACAAGGCCUCACGGAGAGAAACCCAGAGCUCCUCAGCCUGCCGGACCCAGCCGCGUAUCCCAGUCCUCCUCACCACUCCAGCACUCAUUCCUCACCGGCGUCUCUGAUGUGAGAGAGAUGGAGGGAGGACUGCUCAACCUGCUCAACGACUUUCACUCUGGAAAACUACAGGCUUUCGGUAAGGUGUGCUCCUUUGAGCAACUAGAGCAUGUGAGAGAGAUGCAGGAACAUCUGGCCCGGCUGCAUUUCAGUCUGGAUAGUCAUGUGGAGGAGCUGUCUGAAGACCAGAGAAAAAAUGCUUCGGACCGUAAUCUAGAACACUUGCUUUCUAAUCUGGAAGAAUUGAGCAGCUCAAUACAGAAACUCCACCUGGCAGAAAAUCAAGACUUACCCAAGACCUCCAGCACCUGAAGUGGGAAACCAAACCCAGCUGACCAUCAAAUCACUGUGCCGACCAAAGCCCAAGAUGCCAUGGCUACAACUCAACUGCAAGUUAAUGAAGCACCAUCAUCGUGAUCUGUGUCU